CUUCGUCUUCUUGAACAAGAAAGCAAAAUUCCCCUUUUUCUACACUUCACUUCUCUCUCCGGAACCUCAAAUCUCUCUCUCUCUCUCUCUAAAACCUUCGAUUUAACGUUCUCUCUCCGGCAGCCAUGGGAGACAGUCAGUACUCAUUUUCUCUCACUACUUUCAGUCCUUCGGGAAAGUUGGUUCAGAUCGAGCACGCUUUGACGGCGGUCGGCUCCGGCCAAACCUCCCUCGGAAUCAAAGCUGCUAAUGGUGUUGUUAUUGCGACUGAGAAGAAACUUCCUUCAAUCUUGGUUGACGAGUCAUCUGUUCAAAAAAUCCAGAGUUUGACGCCAAAUAUUGGAGUUGUUUACAGUGGUAUGGGUCCUGAUUUUCGAGUCUUGGUCCGGAAAAGUAGAAAGCAAGCAGAGCAAUAUCAUAGGUUAUACAAGGAACCAAUCCCUGUUACUCAACUUGUCAGGGAAACUGCUGCUGUGAUGCAGGAAUUCACUCAAUCUGGUGGUGUGAGGCCUUUUGGGGUCUCUUUACUUGUUGCUGGGUUUGAUGACAAUGGUCCUCAACUCUUCCAGGUUGAUCCAUCAGGCUCAUAUUUCUCAUGGAAAGCCUCUGCAAUGGGAAAGAAUGUUUCAAAUGCAAAAACAUUCCUUGAGAAGAGGUAUACUGAUGAUAUGGAGCUCGAUGAUGCUGUGCACACAGCUAUUUUGACUCUGAAGGAAGGAUUCGAAGGUCAGAUCUCAGGCAAAAACAUCGAGAUUGGCAUAAUUGGCACAGACAAAAAAUUCAGAGUGCUUACUCCAGCCGAAAUUGAUGAUUAUUUAGCUGAAGUAGAGUAGUUUGAGUUGCAGCAAUCAUUAUUGUGUUUGCUGGACUUUGCAACUCUUCUCUUUCUUUUGGUGUUCAGGUGCACUAAUUCAGAAAAGAAUUGAACCAGAUUACUUUGAUUCAUAGAGUGAGAGAGAGAGAGAGAGGUUUUAAGUUAAAUUUGUACUCUGGUGCUAAGAACUGUACUUUUUAAAAGUUGUGCUUAUUUUACCGGAACUGUUACAACAAUUUUUAGGCCCCAAGGAAAAAGGAGUUUAGCCCCUUUUUUUUUUUUCAA